UUCGAACGUGCCGGUUUCAAUAGACCCAUUAUGGUGAACGAAAAGUGCUGAAAAACGAAUUCGAUCGUUGCAGAAAUAAAACGAACGGUUAUGGAAAAGUAAUCUUGUCAUUGUAACUUCUGUUGCUUCGCUGUUUCAUCAACUUCCUAGCAUUUUUUUAAAUUAGCUAUGGUCUUGCUUCUAUCGAAAUUAACGUUGACUCGUUAACUAUCACCUCCACGCACGAAUAUUUUAAUAAAACAAAGCAUGACAUGAAUUUCUCGGUGUGAGAAAACGCGUAAAAAGUGUUUCUCAAGGACUAGUUUUCAAAAAGUGCGCCAAAAAUCGCGUGGGAAUAUUUCCCAUCGGCGUGUCUCCCAGUCACACGAGAUACCAGAGUGGAUUAGACUCCCAGCGUCGCUGAGGGCGGAUCGAAAUUCCUGCUAGGACACCAUAUGGGGGUGUGUGGGAAACAUCGAGGGCCUUGCAGGAGACCUUAUAUAUUUUUCAGAAUAGUGAAAUCGAUCGCUUUAUAAGAACAAUAGGAAACCGGCCUGUUUUCACGAGCAUUGAAUCGCAUGAACGAAACUUUAGUAGCAUGCACGAGGUCAAUAGUUGAUAUGAAAAAAAGAACGGUGUGUUCCAAAAGAGCAUGAUAAAGUGCUGGGUGAUCAAGGGUGGAAGGAAACUGCAUAAUGACGGCGCAUAGAUAUAAAUGUACAUUUUCAAAGCACGAAAGGACAAUCGGCAAUCGCCACAAAUCGGAAAACAAGAAUAAAAUGGCUGGACUGUUAGAUAGUCGAAAUCACCCAUACGCGCAGUUGUUGAAACAAACUCUUGGUCCAAGAACACCUACACCGCCACAACCCGAUGAAAAUAAAGUUGAUAAUGCUGGUAGUAUGGAAUACAGGUUCGAAGAAGUCAGGCUGCAAAGCUACACCAACUGGCCAUGCCGAUACGUACAACCCGCGGACUUAGCCGCCGCCGGGUUUUACUACACAGGUCAAAUCGAUAAGGUACGUUGUUUCGAGUGCCGCACAGAAAUCUGCCGCUGGGAAGAGAAUGACGAUCCAAUUAUCGAGCAUCAGCGUUGGGGUGGUCGCUGCCGAUUUAUACGUAAAUUACCUUGUGGCAAUGUGCCAAUCGGCGCCGACCCCAAUUCCAUACCACCAAAAAGUCGCGACGUCUGUGGUUACAAUCUCGACUACAGGAUGGAUGCCGAAGUUGAUACUCGCGCGUCAUCGAGCACCGACGAAUCGUCGCUUACCAAACGGCCAUAUUUUGGUGAUUACGCUACCUAUAAAGCAAGACUACAGACUUUUGCCGACUGGCCAACCUCAAUGGCACAGACAAAGGAACAACUGGCCGACGCUGGUUUCUUCUACACCGGGACGGGCGAUCAGACUACGUGCUAUCAUUGCGGCGGUGGUCUGAAGAACUGGGAGCCACAAGACGACCCCUGGGUUCAGCAUGCCAAAUGGUUUUCCACGUGCUUCUACGUGAAACUUGUCAAGGGACAAGACUUUAUCAACAAUGUUAGUGGAAAGCAUCAAUCACCACUAUCCCAUGAGGAAAUAAUGAAGAUGAAACUUCCAAACUGUAUAAAAAAAGUUGAAUCGCCAGUUUCCGAGAAAAGCGAACCCACAGAAGAGUCAAGCUCUAGAACAACAACAACUGAAAAUAUCACCUGCAAUAUAAAAAGUCCAGCGUUGAAACCACGGACGAGUGCAGAGGUCGAAGCCGAAACUAAACAGUCGACGUCGCCGACAAAGAGUGACUCGAGCAAAGCCGAAGAUUCACAGCAAAGUGAAAAAAAGAGUAUAGACGACGCGAGAGUUUGCAAAAUUUGCUACAACGAGGAACUUGGCUUUGUAUUUAUGCCAUGCGGUCAUAUAGUCGCCUGCGUAAAGUGCGCACCAAGCAUGACCACUUGCGCGGUUUGCAGGAAGGAGGUCAAAUCUCGUGUGCGCGCUUUCUUCUCUUAGUGCGUCGAAACUCAGGAUUUUUAUGGACUUUAAACUUAUCCCUGGCUCUUUCAAAAGUUUUUGGGAGACAUUUAUCUGACACGGCGCAUGCGUAAUGCGACAGUCUUCAACUGUGAACACGAAAGUGAUUCGUUAUUCUUUUCAUUAACUGAAAUCUUUUGACUCUAAACUUAUUGUUAUUUUGAUUAAUAAUCGGUGGGAAUUUUUUUUCACUACAAAACGAAUUUAUUCAUUGCUUAGAUGUAUGUAAAACUAAAUUAGAAAUGUUGCAAUUUUUGCAGUUCAAAUGACUACUUGUUAAACAGUUUUUCGAUACGUUGUAACAUACGCAUGCUGUCUAGUCAAACAGUAUUAUAAGUUAUAUGUUUCCGAUGAAAAAGUGUAUUGAAUUUGAAAAAAAACAAACUGAACGUUGUAUCUCAUUUUUAACUAGCCGUUUCUGUUAUUCGUAAUUAAUACGUAUAAUAAGUUUCCUUUAAGUUGAAGGAAACUAAUUGUACGUAUUAAUUAUUUAUUCGCAUUAUUUUGAGAAUAACCAUUCGGUAUACUUCAUUUUCCAAAAUGUGUAGUCACUGAAAUACAUCGUUCAAAAUAUUAAACUAAAUUUGAAACUUUAAUAAAAUUAUCAGAUCUAAUCAUUUUCUUCAAUUAUUAACAUGGAAUGCGCAGAUAUUAUCACCAUAUUUGACAAUAUAAUAACCAUCUCACAUACUAAAAUAGCCUUUUGCACAUUUUUUGUAUUUUUUAUAAAAUAUAUGUACAUUUUAAGGAAUAUCUUCUUUUAACAAACAGAAUAUUGCCAAGAUAUGCAUUUUUUUAAAUUUUAAUUUAAAAAAAAAUUACUGGUGAUAAUAUGUUGGAUCAAAAUAUCUAGUAAUUAACCGGAUAUGUUUAUUUUUUCUAUACAUGUCUGUUAAUAUCAGAAACUAAAGUUUUUAAUUAUUUCUAUUUACUAGAAAUACAUGUUCUCAAAUGUAUAUUUAGAAUUUUUCAAUUUUUAAUGUACAAAAUAUAUACGAGCCAUAUGCGUACUCUCUGGAAAACGAUAUUUUCACACAAUAUGAGUCAUUACAUCUUCGUUUAUUCUGGUGUUUAUACGUUUGCAUUAACAUCAUUCGUUUUUCCAAGGCGUAUGUCUUUGGCACCAUUAGUUUAUAGAUUUUAUAUUAAUAAAAUAUAAUAAAAAAUUAUAUAUAA